UUAUCAUCACCAGGUUAACCUGGGGAAAUGAAAAGACUAGCAUUCAUGUUGAUGCUGAACUUACAAAAGCACUUAUGAUUUUAGUGUAGACAUGAAUAUUAUAGAAAAUCUACCACACUAAUAGACUUUAUGAUAUAUUGUUCAAGACUAAUUGAAUACACUUGGUUAUGCUCAUAUGGAUACUGAAUUGAAACAUGGACAAUCAAGUACAUUUCGUGGUAUUAUAACUAAUGCUGAAGCACAUACAAGAAUGGACAGUACAUAAUACGAAGAAAACUGCUGAUGUAGAUGUUAGUAUGCAUACAGACGUGUAAUACGAGUAUAUUCUUAACAAGUUUAUUUUGCAGCCUGAGCAUACCGUUUGUCACCUUGAGCGAAUUGCUAUAGACUCUCGUUGCAACAAUUAUGUUCCCAAAUAUGGGCUUAAAAGUUCCGAAAUUAGAUGAAUACUGGGAAGAACAGAUUUUCACUGAAGAUGGAUUAGGUUCUGCCGAUUUCAUUGAAGAAAUUGAAUCUUCCGGCUCUAAAAUUGUUAAAAUCACCGGUGUUAAUCCAAAAAAUAUUAAAUCAACUGUUUCAGUCAUAAUUAGAGAUGCCAAUAAAUUGAAUUUGGAAACUGAAAGAUCUAUUCAUGAUGCUUUAUGUGUCAUUAGAGGUCUUAUUAAGAAAAAAGCUUUAAUUGCUGGUGGUGGUGCUCCAGAAAUAGACCUAGUUGCCCAAGCGUUAGAAGUUAUCCCAGCUACUUUAGCUAUAAACGCUGGUUUAAGUCCAAUUAAUGUAGUUACUUAUUUAAGAAAUAGACAUGAAAACGGUGAACAAAAUGCUGGUACCUCUGUAAGAAGAUCUGGCACUUCAAAUCUUCAACAUGUCUUACAACCAGUUUUAGUUAGUAUUUCAUCAACCAGUUUGGCUUCUGAAUGUGUUGAAGCAAUCUUACGUAUUGAUGAUAUCACUUUUGGUCGUUAA